ACCAAUCACAGAGCAGCACACAGAGGGAGACAGACAGAAACAGAGACAGAGAGACAGAAACAGACAGAAAGAGAGACAGAGAGAGAGAGACAGAGUCCACCGUGUUUUUCUAAAACAUCAAAAUCCUGCUCGUGUGAAUCGCCAUGGUGACUACUGAGACCCACCAGAGCCAGGACCUGAUGGUCCCCUCUCUGAACCUGGACCAGCAGGAUCAGGACCAGCAGGAUCAGGACCAGGCCUCGCCCUCCUCCCUCCUGGCAGGAUUAGACCUGGAGAAAAUGAGUCAAGGUCCAGUGAACGCCAUCACGGUCCUGACACUGCUGGACAAACUGGUCAACAUGCUGGACACUGUGCAGGACAACCAGCACAAGAUGGAGGGUCACCAGGUGGAGAUGGAGGGCGUGGUCAGAGGAAUCCAGGCAGACAUGACCAAACUAUCCAAGAGUCACAGUCACACAUCAAACACCGUCAGUAAACUGUUGGACAAGAGCCGGAAACUGUCCGUCACCAUGAAAGAGGUACGGGACAGGAUGGAGCGUCAGGGAGCUCAGGUGAAGAAACUGGAGGCAAACCACGCCCACCUGAUCAACAGGAACAACUUCAGGGUCCUCAUCUUCCAGGAGGAGAACGAGAUCCCAUCCACGGUGUUUGUGAAGGAUCCUCCUCCGUUUCCUCGAGAUCAGAUCUUAGAUGAAGGAGAAGAGGGUUGCGAUGGCGUCCCUGCACCUGCAGAGGGCGCACUCACCACCAUCGACCUGUCGUCUGACGAGGAUGUGGGUCUGGAGGCAGAGCUAGAGGACGAUGAGACGUGGGCUCAGGAUCUGGAAAACAUGGAGAAGUCCAGAGCUGAGAAACUGAAGCGAUCCAGUCUGAAGAAGGUUGACAGUUUGAAGAAGGCCUUCUCCAAACAGAACAUUGAGAAGAAAAUGAGUAAAAUCGGAACAAAGAUUGUUUCUGCUGAACAACGAGAGAAGAUCAAACAGAAAACGUCCAGUCUCAAAGUUUCACCUUUGACCUUCAGCAUCAGAAAGCCUCCAGACCUGAAGAGCGAGGAGGUCCACGUCCAGGUCUCCUCUCUGGGCAGCACUGACCUGGACCCUCCCUUCACUGAGGUCCAUGCUGAGCUGGCUCCUGCUGAAGAGGAGGAGGAGAAGGAGAAGGAGGAGGAGAAGGAGAGAGAGGAGGAUGUGAAUGAGGAGAGAGAGGAGGAGAAAUAUGUGUCAGUGCUUUCAGAGGAAGUCAGUCAAGAGUAUGCUCUGUCCUCUACCCUGCCUCAGGAGAAUAAAGAGGAGGAGCAGGGGGAGGAGCAGGCGUAAUCCUCAAUCAUUUACAACAAACCUGAACUUCAGAGUUCUGUUAAAUCCUCAUCUUUGUCUUUGAGCUGUGAAACAACCAGUUAGCCUAGCAUUAUACCUGGUAACCAGUGGAAACAACCAGUUAGCCUAGUAUAAGCAGUAUAAAUGAGUGAGAAAAGAUUGUGAGAUGAAAGAUUUACAUAUUCAGACAAACAUUUGUUUGAUUUUGUUUGUUGUUGAUGAACAUAGACACACACACACACACACACACAGUAUAUAUACAUGUGUUUAUACAUGUACAUUUAUACAGUGUAUAUAUACAUAUAUACAUAUUCAUAUACAUAUGUUCAUAUAUAUGUAUAUAGGUAUAUAUGUAUAUAUAUAUGAAUAUGUAUAAUGGCGUCAUCACAUGUCAAAGUGGAAACUUCAUGAUGUCGAAUUUGCUCGACUGAAAAAAAUGUUUUCACUUUGAUGUUGAUUCACAAACAGCUGACUGAGAUCAAUCAGUAAUCAAUAACAUGAAUAUAUCUUUGAAACAUUGUCAACAUUCCUAACAUUCCAGCAAAGUUUCAACAAACUGACUGAUCAGCUGAUCGAGCACAAAAAGAACUGUUGUUGUUAUGUUUGAGGUCACUGAUGCUUUUAUUUUACCACAAAUUAAAGAUUUUACCAAAGAACA